AUGAAUGAGACGACGGUCAUUUCGAUUUUUGAUACCUCCUUGGCAGAAAUAGUAACGGUGAAUUCUGGAAUGUCAUUGGACAAGUCGAGAAGCGCUUUUGACAAUGAUCCUGGUGUUUCACCGGUCACAUUAUCAGAAGACUGGUCUCGUGUAGCUCGUUUACUACUUCUUGCCUCACUUGCGGUAGUUGGAAGUGUUGGAAAUGUUUUUAUGAUUUCUGCGAUAAUGGUAGAAGACCAUUUAAAGAAACGAGGAAAUGCGUUUUUGGUGAACGUCGCUUUAGCAGACCUGCUCGUGACGGGGUUGGUCCUUCCAGCUUCUGCGAUCGUCAUCUUAGCAGAUCAAAAAGAUACUUUGGGUAUUUGUCGCUUUGAAAGGGCUCUUGGAGCUUUAUGCUUCUUGGUGACAAUAUUGACUCUGGCAACAAUAGCUGUCGAAAAUUAUAUGCGCCUGUGCCUUCCAGUCGAGAGAUAUGCAAUAAUAACGCAAAGAAGAGUGACAGGCUCGAUCCUGGUGGUGUGGGUUGCAGCCAUGAUAAUAGUGGGUCUUCAAUCAUCUAUUGAUCUGGGUCCAGAUAUUUGCAGAAAACGCUUCGAUGGAAUCGCGAUGGAACAAGCUGUAGGUGCCAGCAUUCUGGUGGGACUUCCAGUUCUUCUGACGAUCUUCGUUUACAUUCUACUGGUAGCUCGAGUUCGUCGAGUUACGAGAGGAUCAUACAAACCCCCAGUUGCCUUCUCCUGGGACUACGAGCUCACCAAGACGAACAUCUACAGUUUUUUACUCUUUGCUAUAUUCUGGAUUCCCCUAGGUGUAGCGCUAUGCAUGAGUUCCGUCCGACCAGUCAAACCCAGCGUUUUCAUCAUUCUAGCCUGGUUUGCUCUCUCAAAGUCCUGUGUCAAUAAUCUUCUUUACUGCGUAGCGGACCGUCACUUUCGGACAGCUUAUGUCAAGCUCUUCCACUAUUGCUGCUGCAAAACGACGGUAAGUUUCUCAAGGAGAACCCGAGGCGAUGCUGGUCGAUCCUCUGGCGAUGUUAGGCUGAGAGUCCAUAUUAUCCACUCCUAUGCAACCAGUCCAGCUUCCUGCCGUCCUGCUGUUUCCAGACCCAACGGACGAGACGUCUACGAACUUUAG